AUGGUCAUGAAAUGGAGGAACAUGUUCGAAUUGCCAGACGAUCGACGUUUUACUCUCACUAUCGUCGCGCUCUCUACAAUCUCCCUCACUGUAUCUCUCAGCUCUACCUCUCUGAGUAACGCCAUCCCUGUCAUCACCAACCAGUUUCAUGGCACAGACACUCAAGCUUUUUGGUCCGGCACGGCUUAUCUUCUAUGCUCGGCGGUCUUUCAGCCUGCCUUUGCGGUCGCGUCCCAUAAUUUUGGUCGAAAGCCACUGUUCAUUUCCGCAGUUAUCUUCUUCUUAGCUGGCUCUGCCCUCGCUACAGGCUCAGGAAGCUUUGAAGUACUUCUUUCUGCCCGCUCUAUCCAGGGCUUUGGAGGAGGUGGAUUACUUACCCUAUCGGAAAUCCUGAUUGCCGAUUUGACACCGCUGAGAGAGCGCGGCAAAUGGAUUGGUCUUCUGAGCAUGAUGUGGGCGGUAGGUUGUGUCUGUGGGCCUAUUGUGGGAGGCGCACUAGCACAUGAGAACAUAUGGAGAUGGAUCUUUGCCAUCAAUCUCCCGCUUGCCAGCACCUCGCUGGCGCUUAUCUGUAUCUCUUUGAGACCGAGCGAGAUCGGGGUUCUGAAAGCAGACAAAGGACGCAUCGACUGGGUUGGGUUUGGCCUUUUCAUUCCGUCAAUGGCUUCUUUUCUGAUACCUAUAACAUGGGGAGGUGAAAUGUUUCCCUGGGCGAGCUGGCACACGUUGGUACCUCUGUUGACCGGGACAGCGGGUCUGAUAUCGUUUGUGAGCUAUGAGAUCUGGGUCGCAAGGGAGCCCUUCCUACUAGGAAGUAUCUUUCGAGAUGUGAACUCAAGAUUGAUUUAUUUGCAGACAUUCACGCAUGGAUUGGUGGUCUGGUGUCUUUUAUACUACCUUCCCCUCUACUACCAAGCCGUUCAAUCGUACACGCCUCUCAUGUCCGGUGUCGCCCUCCUUCCCGAAACAUUCACUAUCAGCCUCUCCGCCGGUCUAGUCGGUAUGCUAAUCACUGCCACCGGUCGUUAUUACAGCGCUCUCUGGAUUGGCUGGGCAACCGUCACAACGGGUGUCGGACUACUAUAUCUGCUCAACACCAACACGGCGGUUUAUGAAUGGGUACUGAUUAAUCUGGUAGUGGGCUUAGGAACGGGCUCACUUUUCACCAGCGCGAAUCUGGCCAUUCAAGCAAACAAAUCCUCGGACGAGAUGUCGCAUGCUCUCGGCUUCUUUUCAUUCUUUCGCACAUUGGGGCAGUCUAUUGGUGUCGCUAUCGGCGGAACGACAUUUGAUAAUUUGUUCAAUCAAAAACUACGAGACAACCCUGCCCUGGAUGCACUGGCAAAGAAACUCGGCACUGGGGCAGCAGCUUUGGUUCAGUCCCUGAAGGCCGUCCCCGAAGAUGAUCCUCGCAAACCGCAGCUGAUACAAGCAUACGCGGAUUCGCUGAGAGUGAUUUGGCUGGUGUUGUGUGGUUGCGCGGGAGUUGCCCUGCUGGCGAGUCUUUUUGUGAAGAGAUAUAGUUUGGGAUCGAGGAAAUCGGAAUCCAAUGAAGACCUUGGAUCUACGACGUCAGAAGAGAAAGCGGAAAUCACAUUGAAUUUGCCUGAUGAUACUGAAAAAUCCAUGGAUGGGCGCAAAUAA